CAAACCUUUCGUACAAUCAGUUCAGUUGAUCCCAAGAUAUGGCGCAACAGUUGACACAUUUGAUGGCAUCACUCGUCACCACAGAUGACGGCAAUGAAGACAAAGACAUUCAACAGCCGAAGAUUUACGCGAAGGACUCAAUGGACAGAUUCGGUGAUGACAUGUAUGGACUCAUAUUAUCGUAUCUCUCACUCGAAGAUCGGUUUCGAUUGGAAUGUAUGUCGAAACAGUUCCAGAGGACAGUCUUCGCGAGUGUUGUGGACAUCGAACUCAAUGAUCAACUCAUUAGAAAAAUCCUUAAAACAAAGACAACAUUCACUCAAACGAUGGAAACAAUUGCCAAAAAGUUUCCAAACAUUCAGACCAUUGACUGUCGAGGAAUGAUAUGUAAUAACAAUGGUUUGCAGAUAUUUCACGACAAUUGCCGGUAUUUGCGGCACAUUUACUGCAAUAUGCGUUCAAAUCGUUAUCAACUGAUCCCAAAGUUAAGACCUCUGGUCACCAGAAUUAAUGGAGUUUCGACUAAACAAUCGCUCACGAAUUACCACCGAUUGUCUCAUUUGUCGGUCACUUUUAUAGACAACGUAUUUGACCAGAAUUUCGGACUAAUGGCGAAGAAUUUGUUGGGUUUUGAGUUCACAUUUAAACUGAAAAACUUUAACAAUCAAUUGUUAUCCCGAUUCGUGGCCGAGAAUCAGUCCCUCAGAUAUCUUGUCAUAAAAGAGAUCAAAUUCAAUACUCGGGAGACACUCAACGAACUGACCGAACAAUUGUCACGAUUACCACAAUUACGGCGAUUGAGACUUGAAUUCCAGGCGUUUCCCAAACACUACCCUUUGGCCGACUCUUUGCGUACAAUUGGCGUGAAUUGUAAACAAUUGAAACGAUUGUCACUCGUAUUGAACUCUCAAACCACUCAAAUCAAAGUCUCGACAUUGGAUUCACUGGAAGUGUUUCGACAAUUGAAACGCUUUGAUUUAACGAUCGAUUCUCAAUGGUUUAGUCAAAGGAUUUCGGGCCAAAGAUUGACGUAUUGA